CACCUUAAAGUGCUGGGAGUAAAAAUGGACAAAACAACAGACAAGCUGGGAUGGUCAUCUCAAGAUGGCUCCCCUUUGGAGAUGGCUGCCCUGGGCCGACCUUUCCAGGUGGGGAUGCUCUAUGACUGUCGCUCUGACUCGCUCAUUCCAGGUGUCACUCUAUGGGACUUUGAAAACCUCAAGAAAGACCUCAACAUUAAACUCCAGAAGAACACAAAACACAAGAUCAUCACAUCAGAUUCCUUGGAUGAGAAAACCUCCAUCUUAAAUGUGACAGCCUCCCUUAAAGUGAGCUUCUUGUGUGGCUUGAUUGAGGUCGGUGGGUCUGCCAAGUACCUCAAUGACACCAAAUCAUCCAAACGUCAGUCCAGGGUCACCCUGCACUACAACACGACCACCAGAAUGGAGCAGCUCACCAUGAGCCACUUGGGGAGUCAGAAAGUCGACUAUCCAGAAGUGUUUGAGCAGAAAUCGGCCACCCAUGUUGUCACAGCCGUCUUGUAUGGUGCUCAGGCUUUUUUUGUUUUUGAUCAAAGCAGCUCUAAAGAGGAACAGAACCAAGAUAUUACACGACAAUUAGAAAUAUUAAUUAAAAAAUGUAUUUCUGUAGAUGGAAAAGGAGAUUUAAAAAUGACAGAUGCUGACAAGAAAAUUGCUGACCAUUUUAACUGCACGUUCUAUGGUGAUUUUGUCCUUCAUCACAAUCCCACAAGCUUUCAGGAUGCCAUGCAGAUUUACACUAACUUACCAAAUAAACUUGGGAAAGUUGACGAGCUAGCAGUGCCCAUCCAGGUCUGGUUGUACCCACUGAUACAUCUCAAUUCACAGGCUGCUCAGCUGGUACAAGAGAUCAGUGUGGCACUCGUGUCCAAAUCUCAGGAGGUCCUGGAGGAGAUAGACGAGCACAUCAUGAGGUGUAAUGACAUCAUGAAGGACAGUGGUGUCAAUAACUUUCCGAUAAUUAAGGAAAAUGCAGAACAAUUCAAAUCAAUGCUUAAUCAAUAUAAAUGUAUUUUCCAAAAAGACCUUACAAGGGUCUUACCAAAUAUAAGGGGUGGGGGUGCAAACGAGGAACAGCUGACAGACAUCCUGAAGAAGAAGGAGGAGUCACCAUUUAACAAGUGUGCUAUAACAACAUGGCUGAAUAAAAGAGAAAAGGAAAUCACUAUGCUCAGAAAUGUCUUUAAUCAAAUUAAUGAAAUGGAACUUAAUAUUGUUAUAAAUGACCUGGAUACAUUAAUUUACAACAAUAAUAUUAAAAAUAUUGUCUGUUUGACUUUCACCUCACUCCAUGUGUCUCAGUCAUACAUAUCAGUAAUGAAACGCUAUCUUCAGGCCCCUUGUCAGCCCUCAGAUCAUCUGUCAGAGCCAAGUGAAGAGUUAAUCAUCCAGAAUUUCAGAAAAUAUUUCCAGCAAUUCAUUGAGUUUGCUGAAAUUAACCAAAAUAGCAAGACAACGAGAUUUCUCGUUCACUCCAUUCCUGAUGAGGAAUCUCCUGGGGCGACAAUCUAUCUUUAUAAAUCUGGGAGUCUCAUCAGCCAUAACUUUCAGCUUCCAUGUAAACCUGAGCCUCUUGUGGCUGAUUCUCGAACAGACAACAGCGUAACCCUAAAGUUACGAGUCCAGAGGUCUGAUUCAGAAGGACACAGAGUGGAGUAUAAGCUACCUGAAGAUGAAGAGUGGAAGACUGUGGACACAAGAGACACCCUUGAACAGGUUACAAUUACAAAGUUACUAGCUGAUACAACAUAUCAAUUCAGACACAGAGCCGUUUGUCAAGCUGGUGUGAGUCAGGUCAGUGAUACGAUUGAAGUGAAGACACUAUUUGUUAAAAAUCUUAAAGGUAAACUUACUAUAAAACAGCAAAGUAAGAAGAUUAAAGAUGGAAACCCUGGACUUUACCUUUUGCCUUUGAAAUCAGAGUUCAUAAAUAAUGAGAACAAUAUUGCAAAAUGCACCUUUGGAAACAGGACAUCCAAAAAACCUGGAAAAAGUAUUAUGGUCCUCGGAGCCACAGGUUCUGGCAAAUCCACCCUGAUCAACGGAAUGGUAAACUACAUCUUAGGUGUCCAGUGGGAGGAUGACUUCAGGUUCAAGUUAAUCCAUGAAGAAACAUCUAAAAGUCAAGCUUCAAGCCAAACGUCUGCUGUCACUGCUUAUGAAAUGAACUAUCAGUCUUGUUUUAAGGUCCCAUACUCCUUCACUAUAGUCGACACGCCAGGUUUUGGAGACACCACAGGAGUUCAGCGGGACAAGCAAAUCACUGAGCAGAUACGAGAAUGUUUUUCAUCUCCACAGGGUGUCCAGCACAUUACCACAGUGUGCUUUGUGGUUCAGGCCUCCCAAGCUCGACUGACACACACACAGAAGUACAUCUUUGACUCCAUUUUGUCCAUUUUUGGUAAAGACAUAGCCAAUAACAUCCUAGUCCUCAUCACAUUUGCAGAUGGACAGCGUCCACCAGUUCUCAAUACCAUCACAGAGUCUAACAUACCAUUCCCCCAAGAUGAUAAAGGGAGCCCUUUAUUUUUCAAAUUUAAUAAUUCGGCCCUUUUAGCUAAUAAUGAUGAGACUAAUAGCAGUGAUGAUCUGAUGUUUGAAAAAAUGUUUUGGAACAUGGGUGCAAAGAGCAUGGAGAAGUUUUUUAAUUCCUUAGAGAAGAUGGAUGAUAAAAGUUUAGCACUGACAAAUGAGGUGCUUAAAGAGCGCAAGCGCUUGGAGACGGCAGUGGAAGGAUUGAAGCCUCAGAUUAAAGUUGGAUUGAUUAAACUUGAAGAAAUUAGACAAACCUGUGACAUUUUAAAUAAGCACAUUACUGACAUAGAGAGCAACAAGGACUUUGAGUAUGAAGUGGAGGAAACUGUGACAAAAAGAGAGAGCAUUGCAGGUACCGGCAAGUUCAUCACUAACUGUCAGAAGUGCAACUUCACCUGUCAUUAUCCUUGUGGGUUACCAAAUGAUAAGAGUAAGAUCAAUUGUGUUGCUAUGAAGGACGGGGUCUGCACUGUUUGUCCUGGUAAGUGUGUGUGGAGUGUUCACUCCAACCAACAGCACAGAUUCAUCUAUGAAACUAAAAAGGUCAAAAAGACAUACGAUGAGCUUAAGAAGAAAUUUGAAAAAGCAAAAGGAGAAAAGAUGACAACUGAACAAGUGUUUGAGCGGCUUCAGCAUGAGCUGGAUGUUGUGGAAGAGAAGCUUCGUAAACUCAUUGAAGUGUCUCAUGAUUGUAUAAAACAACUUGAAGAAAUCGCCCUCAGACCAAACCCACUGUCUACUCCAGAGUACAUUGAGCUCCUCAUUCAGGCUGAAGAACAAGAAGCAAAACCGGGAUGGAUGGAGCGAGUGAAGUCACUGCAGGAAGUGAAGAAAAAGGCAGUGAUAAUAGAAAAACUCAGCAGAAAUGAAAAACUCCUACCAAAUGAGCAGAAGAAGCAUGACGAUCAAGAAGAAAGGAAGAAAAACAGGGGAAAGGUUUUAGGUUGGAUUAUUGCAGCAUUUGAGGGAGGUAAAAGAUUAGUUUGUGAUUGGUUUAGUUUAGAUGUAAAAUGAUUGAAUGUUGUCUUACUAUAUUGAUGAUGUUUUACAAUCACCACAAUUUAUAAUAAACACAUCUAUUGAUAAAAACUAGGGCGCUCUGCCCCCUGCUCAAUUUGCCUGCCAACCCCCGGGCAGGUACUAUGCACCCUCACCUCGCGGCCCUACUGCCACUCGUGUAUGGGUAAGCGGAUGUGCUGCCAGGUCCAUCUAUGAAGAAUAACCGCUGACAAAUUUUACCGAGAAUUCAUUUUUGAAUUGUGUCGAAAACUGCUCUUUGAUCAUUGUGUAAUUGUGAAUACAUUUCCCAAUAUAAUUUUCUAUGGCCUUCCUCAGUUAAAUCUUCAUCUGCUGUUAUCUCUUUCUUUACCUCAGAUUCAUCUAUUUCUUCUGGAAGAUCAAAUUGCUGCAUCGUUAAAUGUUCUGUUUCUAACAAUUCUUUGAUGAUUGAAAGAGCCGUUUGUUCAUUCGACUUUUCAGAUAAUGGUCCUUUGAAUGCUUUCCAUAAUUUUAAAGCAUCAGCUUCACCCGUUAUAAUUAAGUACAUGAAGAAUUGUCCUGAUUUGUCAGGCAUCAUUAUGGAAGCGGCAUCAGACAUCAUUUUGAAGAUAUAGUCGUUUGAUUUACAUAAUCUUGCUGCUCGUGCCACUUCUUUAAAAGUACUGUAUGUAGUUCUAUCUAUAGUUAGAAUAUCUUUAUAUGAGGUUGCUCCUUUCCAUUCUCGUAACGCCUACGUAUAUGCUUUUGCAUUGAUGUCAGUUUUAUUAAGUUCAAAAUAAGCCAAUAAUUUUGUAUUUUUACUUUUCUCUACCUGUAAAGCUUCAGCUGCUUUGCCUUCUUUAAAUUGAAUCAUAUUCUGACUUGGUAAAUGAACUGGUAAUAAUUCAACAGAAUGACUUUGACCGCGCUUUGGCAAUUCCAUUAAAUGCCACCCGUUUUCUAUUGUACUGACAUACCGAGUAUAUAAUAUGCUUGAAUUUUAUCCUGAGACUGUUCUUUGGAUAAAGUUACACGUACUCUAUUGUGCACUUUAUGAAUGUACUUGUAGAUGUACUUAAUACUCAUAACCAAUGCACUAUACUCGACAUUAAUAUGACAAUCAAAUCGUUUGAGCAAAUACGGGUUAUACAGUACAAUCACUGAAUUAUCAAUCAUCACAAGUUUACCAUAUUUCUUUCCAUGAUAAGUAUGUUGUUCGUGACAAUUAUCUCUGUGGCAAUAAUCAGGAAAGCCAGCCUUAGUCAUAUUUGUUGAAUUAACGAAAGCUUUACGAAAUUUAUUUAAACACUUUUUUUCUUUUGAGUCCCAACAUACGGAAUCUUUUUAAUGAGGUC